CCCAGCUGGUGUUAAAAUAAAAGAUUGUAUGUUGAAUGAAUGCUUGGAAGAGGCAUGUAUACCAGAGAGUAUUGCAAAGAAAGCUAUUCCAGCAGGCACUAUCAGUUAUUGUUUUGUAAAUGAAAGAGGUAUCAGUCCUGAAGUUGAAUUUGUUUAUGAUUUACAAUUGCCGUUGGAAUUUCAACCCCAAGUUGGUGAUGGAGAAGUCAGUAAUUUCUAUUUUUACACCAUACAAGAAGUUAAAGAGAAGUUGGUAAGUGGUGAUUUCAAGCCUAACUCUGCUUUAGUGACUUUGAACUUUAUAAUAAGAAAAGGACUAAUACAUCCAGACUCAGAACCAUACUACCAGUCAUUUAUGGAAGGAAUGCAUAGGAUAAUGAAGUUCUGAUAUAAAGAUAUGCAUCUUUACCAACAAAUUGAACGAGUCAUGUACCAGCGAUGAAAAAGAAAACUAAAAAAAUCAUACAAUGAGGCAAAAGAUAUUAUUAAUAUU